UGUUUGUAUCACCAACUCGUGUCUUGUCAGACGUCAGGCUGAACGGAGGGCACGGAGAGCGGUGCGGUCUUGAUACACUUACGCCACCGUCUUAAAAAAUAAAACAAAACGCGGUUCAGUGUCGAUAUCAGUUUCCUCUUCUUGGCAGCAGAGGAUUACUUUGCCGUGAUAUUCAUUUUCUGGGAAUUUUGCGAAACGGGAAUUGUUUUUUUGACUUGCGGUUGGCUCCUUGUGAGGAAAUGGCAAAGGCAGCGUCUGGGAGAGGAACAAGACUGGGGAAGGACGUAGGAAACCGGAGCUAAAUGACACAGGAUGCAGGCGACCUGAAACACAUAAGGAAGAAUUUCUUCAACGUUAAGACAUUUAUUUUUUUGCUUUCCUUCACCUGAGCAAGAGAAGCCCUUGAGGAGAUUUUUCUGGUUUUAUUUUUUCCUUACAACUCAAGGAUGCAUUGUGGAUUAGUGCUUCUCAUUUUAACCAACUGUUUUAUUGUCCGAGCUAUUAGUGAUAAAUGUGGAGAUAACAUCGUAAUUACAAGCGCUAGUUAUCUGACUUCACCUGGAUAUCCCACGUCAUAUUUACCAUCUCAGAAAUGCGUCUGGGUGAUACAAGCACCGGAACCCAAUCAGAAAAUUUUAAUCAACUUCAACCCUCAUUUUGACCUGGAGGACAGAGAAUGCAAGUACGACUAUGUGGAGGUCUGGGACGGCAACGAUGAGAGCGGGCAGCUGGUGGGGAAGUUCUGCGGAAAGAUCGCCCCCUCCCCCAUCGUGUCCUCUGGCAACCAGCUCUACAUCAAGUUCGUGUCCGACUACGAGACGCACGGAGCCGGCUUCUCCAUCCGUUACGAGGUGUUCAAAACAGGGCCGGAGUGCUCCAGGAACUUCACCUCCAGCAGCGGCGUCAUCCGGACCCCGGGCUACCCCGAGAAGUACCCCAACAACCUGGACUGCACGUUCAUGGUGUUCGCCCCCAGCAUGUCGGAGAUCGUCCUGGAGUUCGAGAGCUUCGAGAUGGAGCCCGACGUCACGCCGCCCGCGGGGGCCUUCUGCCGCUUUGACUGGCUGGAGAUCUGGGACGGCUUCCCCGGAGUGGGCACGCACAUCGGCCGCUACUGCGGGCAGAGCUCCCCGGGACGCGUCAUCUCCUACACCGGCAUCCUGUCCAUGACCGUCAACACCGACAGUGCCAUCACCAAGGAGGGCUUUUCCGCCAACUUCACCGUCAUGGAGAGAAUAGUACCAGAAGAUUUCAACUGCCGUGAAGCUCUGGGGAUGGAGUCUGGGACGAUCACCUCGGAGCAGAUCACAGCCUCCUCCCAGUACAACAGCAACUGGUCCGCCGAGAGGGCCCGCCUCAACUACCACGAGAAUGGCUGGACCCCAUCGGAAGACUCCAGCAGGGAAUGGGUGCAGGUGGACCUUGGUUUUCUCCGUGUUGUCACAGCCAUUGGAACACAGGGCGCCAUCUCCAAGGAAACGAAAAAGUCAUACUACGUGAAAUCCUACAAGGUGGACGUGAGCUCCAACGGAGAGGACUGGGUCACGUUGAAGCAGGGCAUGAAGCAGAAGAUCUUUCAGGGGAACACCGACCCCACGGACGUGGUGAUGGAGGACCUGCCGAAACCCACGCUUACCCGCUACAUCCGGAUCCGUCCCCUCACCUGGCUGAACGGCAUCUCCAUGCGAUUCGAGCUGUAUGGCUGCAAGAUCUCAGACUACCCCUGCUCCAGCAUGCUGGGAAUGGUCUCGGGCCAGAUCUCUGACUCGCAGAUCACGGUCUCGUCCCACGUGGACCGCAGCUGGCUGCCGGAGAAUGCCCGGCUGGUGACGGGCCGCGCCGGCUGGGUGCUGGAGCCCAAGCCGCUCUACCGCAACGAGUGGCUGCAGGUGGACCUGGGGGAGGAGAAGCAGGUCAGCGGCCUGAUCAUCCAGGGGGGCAAACACCGCGACAGCAACGUCUUCAUGAAGAAGUUCCGGGUGGGCCACAGCGGCAACGGCCUCAACUGGACUCUGAUCCAGGACGACACCGGCACCAGAGACAGGGUUUUCAUGGGGAACCAGAACUUCGACACCCCGGAGAUGAGGACGUUCGAGCCGGUGACGACGCGCUACCUAAGGGUGUACCCCGAGAAGGCGACCACCCCAGGACUGGGCCUGCGGCUCGAGCUGCUCGGCUGUGACGUGCAAGAGCCCACAGGCCCGCUGACCACGCCUGCUGCCACCACACUACCCGAAACGUCAGCCCCUGUCGUCAUCAUCAUACCGGACGAUUGUGAGGACAUGCCAGGGGGCUGUGACGCUGGAACUGGCGAUGACUACAACGUGACAGGUGGCGUCACCGAGGCCGAUAUCACAGUCGAAGUGGACACUGCCCCCGAUUACCUGUGGUUUGCGUGUGACUUUGGUUGGGCGGACGCCCCCUCUUUCUGCGGGUGGACCUCAGAAAAGGAUGUCAACGCAGCCUGGCACAUUCAGUCCAGCGGGAAGCCCACCGUCAACACAGGACCCAGCAUGGACCACUCAGGAGGACCGGGGAACUACAUCUACAUGCUGCUGGACCCAGACGCCCAGGAGAACGAGGUGGCGCGGCUGGUGAGCCCGACGGUGACGGCGCCAGACUCGGACCUGUGCGUCUCCUUCUGGUACCACAUGUUCGGGUCGCACAUCGGGAUCCUGCGGGUCAAGCAGAGGAAGGAGAUGGCUGAGGGCGUGGCCGACAUCCUGCUGUGGACCGUCAGCGGACACCAGGGCAGCCGCUGGAGGGAGGGCCGGGUGCUGGUGCCCCAGUCCAGCACGCCCUACCAGGUGGUGAUCGAGGGGGUAGUGGACAAGAAAAGCUGGGGGGAUGUUGCCGUGGACGACAUCAAGAUCCUGGAGCUCCAGGACAUGGCAGAAUGCAAGGACCCAGAUGAACCAGCGGAGAAAGAACAGCCUGAAGAAGAGGAAAUCAAAGAAAUCAAAGAAAUCUUCAAUGAUGCCACUGACUUCCCUGAAGUGGUGGAGAACAGUCAGAUGGGCAGCACUGGGAACAUGCUGAAGACCCUGGACCCCAUCCUCAUUACCAUCAUCGCCAUGAGCGCCCUGGGCGUCUUCCUGGGGGCCAUCUGUGGGGUCGUCCUCUACUGCGCCUGCUCCCACAACGGCAUGUCGGACAGGAACUUAUCCGCACUGGAGAACUAUAACUUCGAGCUGGUGGACGGGGUCAAACUAAAGAAGGACAAGCUGAGCUCACAGAAGUCAUACUCAGAAGCGUGAGGGACGGAGGGGGUGGGGGUGGGGGGGUUAAAGGGACCGCCAGAAGCCUCCCACGAGGGAGGGCGACGAUUGUGAAAGCGGCGGGAGGUUGUGACUGAGCCAUGCUUUUCUCAGGAGCUGCAGUAACAGAAACCUGCCAAUAGGGGACACUGUGUAUAAAAUUGAAAAAAAACAAAACAAAACAAGACGUGUACAGUAAGAUGAUUAUUUUAAUUUUUUUCAUUCAUUUUUUUUCUUUUCAUUUCAAUAAUCAGAUGCUGGUGUUGAGACCAAUUAAUUCAAUGUUGAAAGUAUUUAUCAUAUUUCUGGAAGGAAAGCUUUUAUU